AUGGAUUUCGUUACUCUCAAUAGACCCAUAGGCUAUAGCAAGUUACCACUAAAGUACGGCUCCGCCUCACUACUGACACCCUUGAACGAAAAUAAUAACAGCAUUGGAGCACUACAAGUUUCGUUCGACUUGAUAAACUUGCCCAUUGAAAUUAUUGGCAAUAUAAUCAACUAUUUAUCACAAUUCGAUAUUUUAUCCUUGUGUCGAACAUGUCACAAGAUGCAUGAACUAUGCAAUUCACGCUUAUAUAACCAUAUAAUUAUCGACUCCCAAUUCAACAUUUUCAACAACGAAUAUCGAAUAAAUGGUAAAACAUACAUCAAUAGUUCAUUCAAUUUGAAACGGUUUAUUAAAGUUUUCAACAAAUCCCACCAUGACCAUCACAUUUACUCAUUUCAUUGUAAGAAUCUUCCUGAUUCAUUGGAUAUUUAUGACUACAACUUGAAUCAGGACUUGAUCUUGUUAUUUAGCAAGUUGAACCAUUUACAAAGUUUGAUUUGGUUAGAUGAUAAUUUUCGACUAGAUUUUUUAUACAAUUUACCUCAAAAACAACUCCUAACUACAUUAAUCCUUAAUUUGAAAUUUAGUAAUUACCUUAGUGAAAUUAAUCAAGCUGUCGACUUUGGUGAUUUUCAAAAGUUGAAAUUUCCCAAUUUGGUCAACUUUCAAAUAAAACCGUUUAAAGAUUCGGCGAAAUUGCGACAAAUUGUUGAUAAUUUACUCAUAAAUGACGAUGACCCAAGUCGAGUUGGGGAACGAUUGCGCCAAUUGUCAUUUUCGGGACAAAAUCAAUCCGUCUAUGUUGUCAGGACGCUAUUUCUUUGCACCAGGUUGAGACAUUUGCCCGAAUUGACCUCACUUGCGUUAAAUGACAUGGUGGUAUCUAUAGAUGAUGCCAAACUUUUAACACAAUCGGUUGAUUUGUCAAAGUUGAAGUUUUUGCAAUUGAAGAGGAUUACUGAAAUAGAACAUGAUCAGCGACAAAGCUCAUUUCUUUUAAACUUGAGGGGAAAGUUCAAACUGCUUUGCCAUUUAUCAUUAAAUGUUCAGGAACACAGGGAUACAGCUGCCCAGUUUAUACAGAAUCUCCCGCCAUUAACGUCACUCGACAUCAUUACAAGCACAAACCAACAUACUGAGCUUGCUGAAUGCAUUGUUAAACAUUGUAAUUUAAAAAAGCUCUCCAUUGUCAUUUACAAAACAGUUGAUGACCUAUUAUAUGAAGAUAUCCACAGUGUAUUUUACGAUUCACUUGUGUCACUCAAUUUAACCAGUCUUCGAAUCAACAACACUUCCAACAUACAAGGUCUUGUUCAUUUAGUUUCAUCUCAAAAACAACUUAAAUUCUUGGAUUUAUUAGGUGCGAAAGCAGGUGGUGCGCCAAAUUUAGGUCUUGGGAUGAUUCACCCCACGGUAUUUGACGAAUGGUUUAAAGUGCAACAUGUCGUGUUGUUUUAUCUUACGAAAAACCGAGCAAUCGAGUAUAUUCGAAUUGGCGAUUGUAUCUUUCAGUGUAAACUGGACUUGUCGGUGAAUCCAAGAGGUGGGCUAAAUGAUUGGUUUGACGAGAGGGUUAGAGUAUUUGCUACUUUAGGGUUAUGA